AUGGAACAUAUAGAUUCUUCAGAUUCACAAAUUUAUGAUUUUGAAACAAUAAUAUCAUUAACUCCUCCUGAUGGUUUUCUUAAAUUUACGAGCGACUCUAUUUGUAAUCUCAAUGAACAAGAAUUUUCAGGUGUUUUAUUUCGAACUAAAUUUGAAACUUUAAGUCCUGGCUUUGUACAACUUUUCUUUACAAAGUCAGGUUCUGGAACUAGUAUACCUUUUGGAAUAUUUAUUUAUGAUAAAACAAAUAAUACUUCCCUAAAUCCUAUGCCGGCAAAUCCUAAUGCAUUUUUUUUAAACCAUGAUCGUAAAUAUGACUUACAUUUUGAUGAAACUAAACGUGAACGGAUUCGAGAAGAAGAAAGAGAAAAAAGACAACGUAUAAGUGAAGAAUUAAUAGUAGAUUAUGCGAGGUAUCAUGAAGAAGAGGAGGAUGAAGAAAUGUAA